AUGAUUUUCUGGCGCCCGUCGAGCGAGCGGCCGCCCUUUUUGUCGCCCUUACUUGGGCCCGUCGACGGCGCAGGACACGCACACACCGCCCCGCGUUCUGCGGCUUCGCGCGAAAAAAACGGGCGCCUUUCCGCGUUGCUCGGCGUGUCGACCGGUCUCGGCGCCGUGUUUUCCGUUUCUGUUUUCCUCACCUUGCCCGUGCGCUUGAGCGGCCAUUUCGACCUCUCGCGUGAAUACAGCUUGCGUUUGUCCUAUCUUCUCCUUGGAGGCGUGGCGUUUGUUGUUGGCAUUGUGGUUUAUUUCGCCGCAUACGAUUCAGUCAAGCAAAAGAGAGAAAGCAGCCGCUCACACGAAGAACCUAGCCAGUUGGGCUACUUUGCCUUGUUGAGAAAAGGUGUCCAGGCAUCACGCAACGACCACCAAAUCCAGUUGGCCUACGCGGGAGCGUUUGUCGCCCGUUCAACUACUGUGGCCACUUCGGUAUUCAUACCUUUGGUGGUUUACAAGUACUACUCUGCCAUUGGUGCUUGUGGUGAUCAUCCAAACGUGACCGAAAUCCCGAACCAGAGCGACUGCUACGAUGGAUACAUUUUCCUGGCCAUUUUGACUGGAGUUGCACAGGUUGUGGCGUUGGUUUCCUCUCCGCUUUGGGGCAUCGUGGCAGAUAUCCGUCGUUUGGGGAGCCGUGUCACCUUGGUAGCAGCUUCCAUUUUCGGCAGUGUUGGUUCUUUCUGCUUGUGUAUUUUCGGAAGCACUUCUGCAAUCUACGACCCUCGCCGCGUUAGUUGUUUCGUUUGGGUGAGUCUCAUCGGCUUGUCGCAGAUCGGCACCAUCAUCUCAAGCAUGUCUCUUUUGAGCCAGGUGGGCCAGCGUGACUCUAUGCGCAACCAUCAGGUCAUAGGAAGCAUCAGUGGCAUUUAUAGUCUCUGUGGAGGUGUGGGGAUUUUGCUUAUCACCAAGAUUGGCGGAACUUGGAGCGACACAUGGGUCUUUGGCCCAUUUCUUCUUCUUGGUAUCUUCAAUGUGCUCUUGACACUUUUUGCUGUCUUUGGAGGCCGCUGA